UCCAGUCUAGAAGUAAAUCGUAAGAAGCGCCUCACAGUCACAGAGGAACUGCUCACAGUGGCAGUAGAUGAUGAUCAGCAUUCCAUCUCAUCACUCAGUCAGCACAGCGAUGAUGAUGAUGAUGAUGCUCAGAUGCUCUCACAUGAUGAAUUUACAGACAUGUUGACUCCAGAUGAUAUUGACACGCCUGAUGAGCUUGAGGAAUCCAUCAUGGAGCGUCUUGGUCCACAGCCAACCAUAGAACCUCUUCCAGAGUACACAAUAACGCAAGAAACCUCAGAGGAAAGGUCAUGGCGAUCUGUCGUAAUAUCGGGUAUUGAACGGCGCAUUGACAUGAAGGUCAUUGAACCCUACAAGAAGGUGCUAAGUCAUGGAGGCUAUCUUCCAAGCAGUAAUGAAGCAAUUAUUGUCUUUUCUGCAUGUUUCCUGCCUGACAGGUCACGCAAAGACUAUGAUUAUGUAAUGGAUAACCUUUUUAUGUAUGUCUUGACAACCUUAGACCAGUUGAUUGCAGAGGACUACGUAUUGGUUUACCUUCACGGGGCCACAACACGAGGGAAUAUGCCGUCCUUUGCUUGGCUGAAGCGCUGCUAUCAGAUGAUUGACCGACGUCUGCGGAAGAACCUGCAGGGCCUUUACCUGGUCCAUCCGACGUUCUGGGUCAAGACAGUGGUUGUGAUGACAAGGCCUUUUGUCAGUGCCAAGUUUGCAAGGAAACUCAGGUUUGUGAAUAGCCUGAAAGAAUUAUCAAGUCUUAUCCCUAUGGACCAAGUAUGCAUCCCUGACCGAGUGAAACAAAAUGAAUACGAGUGCAAGCCCUAA